UGAAAGUAGAGAUGCUGAAGACAGACAACGAGCCAUUAGAGGCAGAAUACAGUCAUUUCUUUGUCGGUGAUGAAAGCACCAAAUACAAUCUAACAAUACGUGGAUUCAAGGGGUUAUAUGAUUGUAUGACAAACAAGAUUGAUAAAAGAGCAGAUGCAAAUGGAAUGAAAUUCAGCACAUUUGAUGUAGACAACGAUCAAUGGAAGAAUGGGAUAUGUGCUGAUCAUUGUCGAUCGGGUUGGUGGUUCCAUUCUUGUACUUGUGGAAAUCUUAAUGGAUUGUUCGGAAGUGAGGAACCAGGUUCUGUGAUGCGUUGGAUGUGUGCAGAUGGGUGGAAUUGUACCCUAAAAGCCACAAGAAUCCUGAUCAGACCACAGGAAUAAAAUUAGACCACUGUUAAACUACACGAAUUGCAAAGGUGACCAUAGAUGUGCUCAGUUAUGCAAGUUGAUGACCUUAAAACUCAUGCAAUUAAGGAGAUCAUAGUUCAGAUAAGUGAUUUUC